AUGGAAGACGAUAUAGAGGCAUACGUCAAGAUUUGUAAUGUUUGUCAAGUGGAUAAGACUGUACGUAAGGAGGAAGCAGGUUUGCUGCAACCUUUGCCUUUUUCUGAAGGGCCAUGGCCAUCAGUAAGCAUGGAUUUCAUUUAUGGAUUCUCUAAUGUAGAUGUUGCUGUUGAUUUGUUCUACAAACAUUUGGUUAUGUAUUUUGGUGUUCCGGCUGACAUUAAUCUGCACAAGUUGUCUGCAACAGAAAUGAGCCCUUUUGAAAUCGUCUUACGCAGACAACCUAUGACUCCAGUAGAUGUUGCCAAAUCUAAUAAUCAGGGAAAGUGUCCAGCAGCAUACAGGGUUGCAAGGGACAGACUUGAAAUGUUAUCUGAGGCACAAGAUAUCUUUCACAAGGCUCAGUGGCACAUGAAGAAGUUGAAGCUGCCAGAAAGGUUUAAAAUCCAUCCCACUUUCCAUGUGAGUUUUUUGAAACCUUACUUUGAAGAUGUAGAUGAUCCGGAUAUAAACAGGUCAAAGAGGGAUCCUCCAUCAGUACCUACACAGUAUGAUGCUGAAAUUGAGAAGAUCCUUGAUCACCGAGUUUUGGGCACAAGUAAGAAGAAUAUUAAGACUGAAUUCUUGGUUCACUGGAGACGCAAGAGUGCAGCCGAUGCAGCUUGGGAGUAG